GUUUUAUCAAUGCUGAAAGCCGUGCAUGGACUAAUUAUACUCCCUUGUGGAGUACUUACUCAAAUAGUCCUUCAUAUAUCUUUUUCUUCUUCUUCUCUUGUAAACAGUGUACGAAGCUUGUUUGGCACAAGUUUGGCACACAGCGCUUGAAGAAGACAAGCGGUAUGAGCUGCCGAGUUUGAGCGGAGAAAUGAUGGCGGAUUACGAGCAAAACAGAAGGAGUUCCGCCAACGACGGAGCAGGGCCGCAGGAGGAGGAAGGCAGAGUGAAAACUAAGCCUGUCUCUUGUAGCACUUGGGGAGGAGAAGGGACAGCAGUCAAACGCACAUCCAAGCAUCUCACACCUGAAGAUGAGGAAGAGUCCUCAGGAGACCGACCAGCACCCUGCAAAGUCUCCAAGAUAGGCUUUAGCAUGAGCAGUCAGUUGGGGAAGAAGUCGAACCCCAUAUCUAUCAAACUUGGAGCAACAAAACCCAAAGAGCCUGUACCAACAAUUCCUCCAAAAAAGGCAGGGCUGGCGUCAGUUUUUAAUGAAGAUGAUGAUAGUGAACCGGAGGAGAUGCCCCCAGAAGCAAAGAUGAGGAUGAAGAACAUUGGCAGGGAGACGCCAACAUCUGCAGGACCCAAUUCCUUCAACAAGGGCAAACAGGGCUUCUCUGAUCAUCAAAAACUCUGGGAGAGGAAGAUGAAGGCCAAUGCAGACAAACUGUAAAUGACUUUCACAGUUUUUGUCACUAAUUGAUACAUUUGUAUAGUUUAAACAAUUUCAGAGAUAUCUAUGAAGUCUCAAAGGAUUCCUCACUGUAGCCAAUGCUUUGUGGAUGAUGAGGAAUACUUUAAAAUUUCUAUGAUACUCUGUGACUGAACUCAAGUUUACGUUUCUAACCACUACCCGGCUGAUGCUGACUGAGAGGAGAGGUAUCAGAGUGUCAAGCCUCUGUGACGAGAGAUGCAGAAUGGGAAGAUAGGACAAACAAAUUAGCCAGAAUAUUGUAAAAUUCGCUACAGUUGCUGUCUGCUGGCUAAUGAAAAAAUCUAGCAUCUAAGAGCCCUCAUGCCCCUUUUGUGACAUGCUUGUUCCUACCCAAAACUGGUUAGGUGUGCUGAGCAAGCUCUGUGUUGCUUGUCUAAUAUUUGUGUAAAAAUGUACAAAGUGUGAUAAUGUUUUAUUUUUAAAUCCACAAAUGGGAGUGUGUGUUUGAGUGUUAUGUUAACGUGUGUGUGUGUGUGUGUGUGUGUGUGGGUUGGGGGGGGCUAGACAGUACAGAUGGAUUUAGUUUCUCUACAUCAAUGUACAACCCUUUUGUUUUCACCAGCUGUGCCACAUCAUAGGCAGUAAGUGUUUGACAGGAAAUGUCUUUUUUAUAUAUUUUUUUUUUAUGUUUGAGCUUUGUUCCAGUAAUUCUGGUUUCGCAUACUCUACACUAUUCUGCCUGCUUCACUCAAUAUGGCAAAAAGUUCACAACGAAAGGACUGAUAAGUGUGUUUUAGUUAAAAACUGUGUGAAGAUCAGAGACAUACAGCUGUGACAUGGAUACCAGGGUGCUGGUACAGUCAAAUUCAAUUAUUUCUGUGUGGUUAAAAUAUAGGUUAGCAACAGUAAGGCACAAUUACCUACUACUUUCAACCUCACUUUCACAUCAGAAAGCCCCAGUACAGCCCUAAUCCUUUUGGUUCAGAUAAAAUAAAAAUAAAAACUUUAAAUUCUUCUGUGGGUUACCCAACUGUUGUGCGUCCCCAGAUUAAUUAUAUUAAUACCCAUUGUUACAACCCGUUUUGUCAGACAUCUCCCUUGGAUACACAUUUAAAAGCCACUUAUAAUAAAAAAAAUUAGAUGGUA